AGACAAAAGCGGAGUACAAAUGCAGUCUCUUGUGUCUUACAUGUGAUGGCGGAUCAAAAGUUCUUUAAAUUUGUUGGAGGAGGAAGUGUAGCUAAUACUGUUGGAGAAAUGGUAGCUGGAAUCAUGGAAGCUGAUUUGAUUUUCAGGAGCACAGAUUUUAAUGGUGAUGGAAUAGGAGAUAAUAUAGGUUUUGUGAUCGGAGACAUUACAAUUUUUACCUCAGCAGACAGUCCUAAUAAUAAAUUUACUUCAGAUAACAUUGCAGUCCAUCAUUAUCUGGAUAUUUUGACAGAGUAUGAUUUUGGUUCAUAUUGUUUGGGAAUAGCCUUUACAUAUAGAGAUUUUGACAGAGGUAUUGUAGGGCUAGCUUGGGUGGCAAAUUCCAAUCCUCUUGGUGCUGUUGGUGGUAUUUGUCAAGAGAAAAUAUACAGUGGACAUGGUCGAUAUCGCAGUUAUAACACAGGCUUGGUCACUUAUGUUAAUUAUGGCACUUUUAUACCCACACAAAAAUCUGCAUUAACAAUAACUCAUGAAUUUGGUCACAGUUUUGGAAGUAUACAUGACAAUCAAAAUAAUGUUGAAUGUGCUCCUGGUGGAGUAUAUGGUAGUUACAUUAUGGAUCCUUACUCGAACUCAGGAGAAAAGCCAAACCAUAGAAAAUUUUCAAUAUGCAGUGUGAACAACAUGUAUCCUGUCAUUGUCAAUAAAGGUGACUGCUUAAAGACAUAUUCUGGUCCCACCUGCGGUAACAGUGUUGUAGAAGGUACAGAGGAGUGUGACUGUGGGACCUCCAAAACAUGUCCUUAUACUGAUCCAUGUUGUACGCCAGCUGACCCACCAAUUAGCUCACCAGAUUCCCGAUGCACCAUACAUAGAUCAGAAGGAAAGGUCUGUUCUCCAGUUGUUUCACCAUGCUGUGAUUCAACCUGUCAGGUUACAUCUUCUUCAAGUCAACAGAUUUGUCGCCAGCCUACAGAAUGCUUAACAGCAUCUUAUUGCAAUGGUGUCAACUCCUCAUGUCCAGAGUCUCAAGAGAUGCCAAAUGGAAGGUUAUGCCAUGUUGGAACAAAGAUUUGUAUGGAUGGUAUGUGUUCAGCCAGUAUCUGUCAUUUACAUGGUCUUCAGGAAUGUCAAUGUGAAUCUGUAGAAGAAAACCUGUGUAAGGUGUGUUGUCGAUAUACUAACAUUACAGACUGUGACUGUUUACCGGCUUCUAAUUAUGGUAUUUAUCAUGCCAAUGGAGAUGUUAUUUAUCACCAUAAGGGAGAAGUAUGUAACAAUUAUAAAGGAUACUGUGAUGGGCAAAACUGUUUGUCUGAUGAUAGAGAAAAUAUUAUCUUGCGUAUGAAGCGAAUAUUUGGGGAAAGAAAUUUUCAAAGUAUUGCUGCUUGGCUCAAUAAUUUCUGGUAUUAUCUUGUUAUUGGAUUGAUAAGUGUGGUCAUGAUUGGAGGUUUUUAUAAAGCAACGUCU